CUAGCCUCAGACAAUUUUGCAUAUAAGAUCUUCAGGAAACAUUGUUUUCAAGUGCUGGAUCAAGUUACAUGAAACUACGUCAUCCACCGGCUCAUAUGGUAAUUGAUGCUAUUUCAGGCAGAUAGUUUAGGGUUGAGAGUGAGCAUGAUUUUUGAAAUAUUGUCCUGUGUUUAGUUGCUGUUCUUCAACGUUGGACGGCAGUUUCCUCUGCAUGCCUUGUGCUUGAAAGCGCAAAUUCUCUGGAGAGAAAGGGCAGCAGACCUAAUUGGUUUCUCAAUGAAAUAUAAUCAUUAGUCCCACCACGGGAGGGACUGAGGAAAAGCAGCACCCAUCAUUCCCCAUCGCCGUUACUCAGCUGUCCUCUAUCUACCGUGAACAGAACAUUUUGGAGUGCCAAGGAGACUCGACACGAUUUGAUCUCCAUAUUUCUACCACAUAAUUUUUUCGUUUUAGUAGCAGAUCGCAUUGGACCCUAAAGCAUCUUUCAUUCUCGCCUGGAGAAAGUUUGUGCAGAUUCAAACAUGAGUGAUUUAGAUGAAGACUUCAAAAAGAUCCUAUUGAUAAAAGAGGAGAGAAUUAAGGACAUGGAGAGGCGUCUCGCUGAGAAGGAAGAAGAGAUCCACGAAUUAAAACGAAAACUGCACAAAUGUCAAUCCGUUCUGCCCAGCGCGCAGAUAAUUGGACCUAGAACCAGGCGUGCCCAAGGCAUCUCAGCAGAACCUCAAGCUUACCGAACCUUCCAGGAGUUGAACAGUGAAGCAUUUCGGAAACAUUCCAAGUCUGACAGGUCCAAGGACAUAAUCAAGGAGGCCAUUCUUGACAACGACUUCAUGAAGAACCUUGAGCUUUCUCAGAUCCAAGAGAUCGUUGACUCAAUGUACCCAGUUGAAUAUGGCAAAGACAGUUGCAUUAUCAAAGAAGGGGAUGUGGGCUCCUUGGUGUAUGUGAUGGAAGAUGGGAAGGUGGAGGUGACAAAGGAGAGCAUGAAGCUGUGCACCAUGGGUCCUGGGAAGGUGUUUGGUGAGCUGGCCAUCCUCUACAACUGCACCAGGACGGCCACCGUCAAGACCCUCACUAAUGUGAAGUUAUGGGCCAUCGACCGCCAGUGUUUCCAGACCAUUAUGAUGAGGACGGGCCUCAUCAAACAUGCCGAAUACAUGGAGUUUCUAAAGAGUGUUCCAACAUUCCAAGGCCUUUCAGAAGAAAUCCUCAGCAAGCUCGCCGAUGUUAUGGAAGAGACGCACUACGGGGAUGGGGAGUACAUCGUCAGACAAGGAGCCCGAGGUGACACCUUCUUCAUCAUCAGCAAGGGGAAGGUUAACGUCACCAGGGAGGAUUUGCCCAAUGACAUGCCUGUGUACCUGCGAGCCCUGGGCAAAGGAGACUGGUUUGGGGAGAAAGCCCUGCAGGGAGAGGACAUCAGGACGGCUAAUGUCAUUGCUGCUGAAGCCGUCACCUGCCUGGUCAUUGACAGAGACUCAUUUAAACACUUGAUUGGGGGCCUGGAAGAUGUCUCAAACAAAGGGUAUGAAGAUGCAGGGGCCAAAGCCAAAUAUGAAGCGGAAAAUGCCUUCUUCUGCAACCUGAAGCUGGAGGACUUCAACAUAAUUGACACGUUGGGGGUCGGAGGCUUCGGACGUGUGGAGCUGGUGCAGCUAAAAAGCAAUGAGAUUAAAACUUUUGCGAUGAAGAUACUGAAGAAGAGGCACAUCGUGGACACUCGGCAACAGGAGCACAUCCGCUCCGAGAAGCAAAUCAUGCAGGAGGCCCACUCAGACUUCAUCGUCAGGCUAUAUAGGACAUUCAAAGAUGCCAAGUAUCUCUACAUGCUGAUGGAGGCUUGCCUUGGAGGAGAGCUCUGGACCAUACUUAGGGACAGAGGUUCAUUUGAAGACUCGACCACGCGGUUCUACACAGCCUGUGUGGUGGAGGCCUUUGCUUACCUGCAUUCCAAAGGGAUCAUCUACAGAGAUCUCAAACCAGAGAACCUCAUCCUGGAUCACAGAGGCUAUGCCAAGCUGGUGGACUUUGGCUUUGCCAAGAAGAUUGGGUUUGGGAAGAAGACAUGGACUUUCUGCGGGACCCCUGAGUACGUGGCACCUGAGAUCAUCCUGAACAAGGGGCACGACAUCUCUGCUGACUACUGGUCGUUGGGAAUCCUCAUGUACGAACUCCUGACUGGAAGCCCACCAUUCUCAGGGCCAGAUCCAAUGAAGACAUACAAUAUCAUUCUGAGAGGAAUCGACAUGAUUGAAUUUCCAAAGAAGAUCACCAAAAAUUCUGCCAAUUUGAUAAAGAAACUAUGCAGGGACAAUCCUUCGGAAAGACUUGGAAACUUGAAAAAUGGAGUCAAAGAUAUCCAAAAGCACAAAUGGUUUGAAGGCUUUAACUGGGAAGGGUUGAGGAAAGGAACCCUGACUCCUCCUAUCAUCCCUGAAGUCUCGUCGUCAACUGACACAAGCAACUUUGACAGUUUCCCAGAGGACAACGAUGACCCUCCUCCAGAUGACAUGUCUGGCUGGGAUACAGAUUUUUAACACCACCCUCCAUAUGUAGUAGCCUCUCCAGCCACUCUCUAGCCCUGCCUCAUAAUUGACUUUCCUGGGGAAGCCCUUCAAGGGUUUGGCUGCAAAGAACAGAGAGACAGACAGUUGAUGAUGCUUUGAACGGACAGUGACAGUGAAUGGGGCAGUCGUACUGCUCUGGGUCACCAAGAUGCCUUCACCAAUGUUGCUCCACUCUCCUCCGAGGUGGCAUUGGGACUAAUGUUUUAGCCGACAAAAGUCAUCUUCAGUCUCUCACCAUCACCGUCAACCAUGCCCCCCAUUGGAUCCCCUCAUGGAGAGGUUUUUUAUUUAUUUAUGUCACACAUUUGUAUAUUUAGGUUUAUGUAUUUGUUGUGGCUGUUAGCACUUACCAGUGUUUUCAGUGAUUACUUGUGAUACUGAGUGGAGUGGGACUGAGUGGGAGAGAUUCCAGCUCUCUGUUGUAGCGUCUUCAGGACCACGAUUCCA